GAAAACACACUGGAGGCUUUGAGGAUAGAGAGUGGCGUAUCUGUAUCUGCAUCCAAAAACAUGUACUCUCUCAUGUCUUCAUCGCCUUCUAUCUCUUCAUCUUCCUCCUCCUUUUUAGGCCAAACCCACUUCGAUUCCAGAACCCCAAAUGCUCGCCUUCCCACAAAAGAUAGUUGGAUAUGUAAAUGUGUGGCAACACCUCCCACAGAGACGACUGCUCACACGACAAAGGUCUCUCGCAAUGCAAAUAUGGCCAAACUUCAAGCUGGUUAUUUGUUUCCAGAGAUAGCCAGAAGAAGGUCAGCACACAUGCUAAAGUACCCUGACGCACAAGUGAUAAGCCUUGGAAUUGGUGACACUACUGAGCCCAUUCCAGAAGUUAUAACUUCUGGUAUGGCAAAGAAAGCAAAUGCAUUGUCAACACUAGAGGGUUACAGUGGUUAUGGAGCUGAACAAGGUGAAAAUCGCUUGAGAGCUGCAAUUGCUUCGACCUAUUAUGGUGACCUCAGCAUAGAGGAAAGUGAUAUAUUUGUCUCUGAUGGUGCAAAAUCUGACAUAUCUCGCCUUCAGGUCAUGUUUGGGUCUAAUGUUACAAUGGCAGUGCAAGAUCCAUCAUACCCGGCUUAUGUAGACUCAAGUGUUAUCUUGGGCCAGACUGGGCAGUUUCAGAAGGAUGUUGAGAAGUAUGGAAACAUUGAAUACAUGAAGUGUAAUCCAGAGAAUGGUUUCUUUCCUGAUUUAUCUACUGUUUCGCGAACCGAUAUCAUUUUUUUCUGUUCACCAAACAAUCCCACUGGUAAUGCUGCAACAAGGGAGCAACUGACCCGACUUGUACAGUUUGCCAAGGACAAUGGAUCAAUUCUAGUGUAUGAUUCGGCAUAUGCCAUGUAUAUCUCGGAUGACAGCCCAAGGUCCAUCUUUGAAAUUCCUGGAGCCAAAGAGGUUGCAAUUGAGGUAUCAUCAUUUUCCAAAUAUGCUGGGUUCACUGGAGUCCGUCUUGGUUGGACUGUGGUUCCAAAGGAGCUUCUAUAUUCAGAUGGAUUUCCUGUUGCCAAGGACUUUAACCGCAUUGUAUGUACAACCUUCAAUGGUGCAUCCAACAUUUCUCAAGCUGGUGGUCUGGCUUGUCUUUCACCAGAAGGCCUAGAGGCUAUGCAUAAAGUGGUCGGUUUCUACCAAGAAAAUACUAAUAUAAUCAUGGAGACAUUCACUUCUCUUGGUUUUAGCGUGUACGGAGGUAAGAAUGCACCAUAUGUUUGGGUUCAUUUCCCUGGUCAAAGCUCAUGGGAUGUGUUCAGCGAGAUACUUGAGAAGACCCAUGUGGUAACAACACCUGGCAGUGGUUUCGGACCAGCUGGUGAUGGUUUCAUUAGGGUUAGUGCUUUUGGUCACAGAGGCAAUGUUCUAGAGGCCUGCAAAAGAUUCAAGCAGUUAUACAAGUGAAGUGUAGUAUGAGAAUGGUUUCAGUUUCAGCUGCUCUCCAUUAUGCUCCAUGUUCUCUGUGAUAGCAGGACUGGAGCAGGAUUCGUAUCUUAUGUAUCUCCCUCAUUAUUUCUCAUCAGAUUUUAUUUUUAAUUUGGUGUAGAACCUAGUAACUUUUACAAAGAUUGAUUUUGAAUUGGUAUACCCUGAUCCAUUUGUAAGGCUCCAAAUUUGGUCACUGUUAUAAAAGUCACAGCUUGGAAAGCUUUCGUAGGGACAAAA